AUGACCUGUAACAGUAAAUUGCAGCAGUAUUUAGAAGAAGUCCACAUCUACACUACCCCUCCCCUUUUAUUUCUUUCCUCUCCAGUUGUCCAACGAGAAGUUAGCCUAGGACGUUUCGGAAAGGAUUGGAAGACCCUCUACGUUUAUGCUGUGAGAAACAACGCGAAGACGCUUGUUUCUAAAACACAAACCAACGGCAUCGCUCGCUGA